AUGUCAACCAAUUCGUUGAGCCAUCUUCUCCAUGCGAAUGCCGGUCCCGAACAACAGCAGCAACAGCAGCAACAUGUGCCCUUGGGUCAUAUAGGCAGUCCUUACUCUUCAGCUCCUCCACCCCCUCUGCUUCCGCCCACUUCGCAUCCGAUACCACCACCACAGCCGACUACGCCGCUACCCAACCCGCAGAACUUGUCUCCCGGCGGCUUGGGGCCUCAGACUCCAGCAGGACGUAGCCAUUUGCUGACGCAGAGCCUAUACCAGUGCGCCGACUGUCAGAAAAGGUAUUCACGCCCAGAGCACCUCGCUCGACACAUACAAACCCACACCUUGGGCAAGCGAUUCUUCUGCCAGGUUUGCGGUAAAGCCUUCGCCCGAGCCGACCUGCUGAAGCGGCAUGCUGCGAAUCAUGACAACGAUGGCGAUCCCAACAAAAAGCGUCGGCGGACCGACACACACCCCAACGCGGGCCGUGUGUCUCAUGCCUGUAAAGCUUGCGCAGCAGCUCGUGUCAAGUGCGAGGAGGUUAAGCCCUGCACUCGAUGUCGCAAUCGCAACUUGACUUGUGAAUACAACUCGAACGAAGCCGGCUCCGCUGCUGCCAUGCAUCUUCUUCACUUGUCACAAGCGCACUCGAAUGGAGACGAGGUUGGCCAAGCGAGCUAUCAGGACCAUGUCACGACUGCUAGCCCUUCAGGUUCUGGCAGCAUUUCUGUAAAGCCAGAAGAAGUCCAUGUUCCGGGCCAGGCACCAACUCCCGAGACUAUGAUGGAAUCGGUUGGUCAGAUACAGUCAUUCGCCAAUCCGCCAUAUGCCAACGCCGCCGGCAUGGUUGACAUGACAAGGAUGCCGUUCACAGACUUUUUGAGGGAUGUUUUGUACGACGGGUCCCUCAAUACAACUCGACCCGAGGAAGCCCAAGGUCUAGCCGUGCUGGAUUUCUGUGACGAUAUGAAUUAUGAGCUCACGGACAUGGAUUUUGGACUACUGGACCAUUGGAACCUGGAUGAGAUGAAGAACGGCCAAACCGUCACCCAAGCAGCCACACCACAGACGGACGACUCUACUGUGGAUAUGUCGUCAAUGAGACAGAAUCUUGUCAAGAUAUGGACCAACUCCCCGUGGCGCUGGAUACCCGCUGACAGGGACUCGGUCUAUGCCGAGUACGGGAAUCUGCCAAUUCCGCAUCGCGAUGCAGCCAGUCAGCGUUUUCAGGAAAGCCAAAAAGAGAUGGAUCGCGUAAUCAAGGAAAGGCUUGAUGCAGCAAGUCGGGACAAAAUACUCAGUAUUGUCUUGCAGACAGUGAAGACUGAUGCCAUGAGACUCCGUGUCGCUUCAUCGUUCCCGUCGACGGACGUAAUGGAUACCUUAGCGCACAUCUAUUUCGCAGCUCAUCUCUGUUCAGUUAGUUGUUGGAUACAUUGGGGCACAUUCAAUCUCAACAAUCAAUGGCCAGAAUGGCUUGGUAUUGUAUCCGCAGCCGGUGCUGUACUUACACCCGUGGCAACGUUGAGGAAGUUUGGAUUUGCGGUGCAAGAAGCUAUGCGUAUUGCUAUUCCAAAUAGAUUUGAAGAAAACAACAACAGAACGCAAAAUCUUGGCCUCGUGCAGACGCUUGUGCUGGUACAAGACAUUGGUUUAUGGAGUGGUAAUCGACGCAAGAUGGAAAUCGCCGAGUGCCAUCUUCUGGUGCCCAUCACUAUGAUGAGAUACCGAGGUAAAUUUCAGCGAUCGUCUUAUCCGUUGAUUGCCGUCAAUGCCGCCGACGAGGGAGAAGCUCUUGAAGACAAAUGGCGCCGGUGGUACGAGGCAGAGAGUUGGAAGAGACUUGUAUUUCAUUGCUAUCUGAGAGAUGCCGAGGCAUCAAUGACGACGCUUGCGCCUCCGACAAUAUCGUACUCGGAACUAACUCUCCCUUUGCCAGAGGCGAAGGAAUUAUGGUUUGCCAGAACCGCUACGGAGUGGAAACGACAUUUUCUCGCAAGAUCAGCAGGUGAAAGCCGGAGGCCGCCUUCAUUGCCGGACUUGAUUCGUGAUGUCAACUUACUUACCACAAACUACCAAAGAUUGGAUGCGCAAUAUGCAAUCUCCAUCUACUUACAUUGCUUUUGGAAUCUUAUCCUAGAAUGGCGACAACUGAGUGCGGUACAUCGUUCAAACUCAUUUGCGAGCAGCUACCAGGCAGGGCCACACCUGAUAUUGAGUGGACGUCACCAAGAGCUAUGGAAGUCUCUCCAAACCUUCCAAGUUGUAACGUCGGACUGGCACGCUUCACUUUCAGCUCAAGAGAGCCUGCUUCUGAAUCUGCUUAUGAUGAACCUGCAUGUUUCCAUGGAUGACCUACAACUGUUCGCAGGCAAAGAGGGGGAAGAACAGGCUCGCCGAGUGUAUCCACUUCUACAACAGUGGUCGGAAAGCCCAGAUGCGCGUCGGGCUGUAUGGCAUGCAGGACAAGUCUUACGGCAAGCGAAGCUUUUCCCAAGCGGACAUUUGAAGAAUUUCUAUGCAGUUGCCAUCUUUCAAGCAGCGCUAGCAUUGUGGUCAUUUGGGGUCGUGGCAAAGGUGUCAAAACACCAGUCAACCCCAAACGAGCACCAAAGUACUGUACUUGUCGAUGGUCUGGAGUCGAAUCAAGUACAACGAUACAUCGGUUUCGGCCAGGGGCGUCCAAGUAUCAGAACAAAAGACGAUCAAAGGAUUGAGUGUCUGGAGGAGCCGAAGGCGUGCAUGGAGAUCGUGGAGGGCAUUUUCAGAGGUAACUACACGAAGGGUGAUCUUCCGCCACCUAUCGUUGAAAAUCUCUGUGGUCUCCUCAAACAGCUGGGAGGCGCAGCUUGGGCGACAAGCACCGUUGCCAUCAUAGUCACAACUGUUGUAUCAACCAUCACGCUUUUUGCUGUGACCCGAUGGGCGUUGAACCCCCGGCGCCAGCCCAUUCUUGCUGGGCCUCUGACAACCACUAUUCCGAAGCUUUCCAAAGAGGAAUUAGCUCAAGUGCCGUACCAACCCAACCACUUCCCUGGAGCCCGCGAUGUGGUCACCCCGUACGGCAACAUCCGAGUCUACGAGUUCGGCCCAGAAGAUGGACGCAAGGUGUUAUUUCUCCAUGGCAUAAGCACAUCUUGCAUGACUUUGAAUGACAUUGCCCUGGACCUGGCGUCCAAAGGCUGCAGGGUCAUGCUUUUCGACCUCUUCGGCCGCGGCUUCAGCGAUGGCGUCGGCGACCUACCCUCCGACACCCGUCUCUUCGUCACCCAGAUCCUGCUGGUGCUUGCAUCAUCGCCUCUAGCGUGGACCGGCAGCAACGCCAUGAGCAUCGUCGGGUACUCGCUCGGCGGCGGCAUCGCGGUCAACUUCGCCGCGACCUUCCCGCACCUCGUCGAGUCGCUCGUGCUGCUCGCGCCGGCCGGCCUGAUCAGGGCCGAGAACAUCGGCCGCGCCAGCAGGCUCGUGUUCACGUCCGGGGUCGUCCCCGAGCGCCUGCUGGAGUUCCUGACCAGGAAGCGCCUGCGGACGCCGAUCGCCGGCGCGGUGGCCAAGAAGCGCAGGGCGAGCAGCGCCGCCGCGCCGGAGGGGUCGCUGGACCCCCUGGGCGGGGGCAAAGAGGGCUACGUCGACGCCGCCGUGCAGGAGGCCGUCGACCCCGACGGCGAGGACGACGACGCAACCACGUCUGUCAGCCCCGUGGAGGCCAAGAUCGCGUCCUACGUCCGCUGGAUGCUCGAUGAGCAUGCUGGGUUCGUGCCGUCGUUCAUGUCGACAAUCCGCUACGGGCCGCUGCUCGGGCAGCACGGCUACUGGCGGGAGCUUGCGAAGCGGAAACCAGGCACCACGGCUGUCAUCAUCGGCAAGAACGACGACCUCGUCCAAAAGGGCGACUACAAGGAGGACGCGUUGCCGUUGAUGGGCGGGGAAGAGAACGUGUUCUGGCGGAUAGUACCAGGUGGUCAUAACAUGCCGUUCACGAAUUCCCGAGAGGUGCUGCAGGCCAUCCAUGAGUUUUGGGGGAUGAAGGACUGA